AUGGCUCUGUCCAGCGACUCUGCCAGUGUCAGGGGCAAGUCUAACCGGAGCAUUGGCGAGGAGAAAAGCCCAGCAGCAGGAAUAGGAUCCGAUUGCAAUGGGUAUUGUUAUUCUGAUGGGAAACAGCAGCCGCCGGGCACUCAGCAGGGGCAAAAGGAAGACUCAACCUGCCAGCUCUGCUGGGGAGACCUGGUGCUGCAGAAAAUCUGGAGCUCCCGGAAACUUUCCUCGGCUCUCUGCGCCGGAUCCCUGUCCUUCUUGCUGGCUCUGGUGGUCAGGUUGGUCCGGGGGGAGAUCGGCUGCAAUCUGGAGGAGAAGGAGGUAGUGGCGGCGGAGGAGGAAGCAGCAGCCGCAGCAGCUGGAGGAGGAGAAGCGGGUGGUUUGCCGUUGCCCCCAGCAGGGCUCCCCAGUAGCAGCUUCCAGCUGACUCCUUGGCUGCAUCCCAUCGCUUUGCUCUUCAGCCUCAUGUGUGUCUUCUUCUGGAUGGGCUUGUACUUGCUGCGCUCCGGGGUCCGCCUGCACACAGCCGCCUUGCUCCUGGCCGCCUGCUGCGGGGGGGAAGCGAUUGUCCAGAUUGGGUUUGCGGUAGGGGAGGAUCACUUGCUUUCUUUCACCGCCACGGGGGUGGUGCUGAGCUGCCUGGCCACUGUGACAUGGCUGGUGCUGAAGCUGAGGCAGGGCGUCCUCAUGAUCGCCUUGACUAGUGCGGUCAGGACCACGUCCCUCGUCUCCUUAGAGAGGAUCAAGGUAGCCUGGAGACCCUACCUGGCUUACUUGUUCGGGCUACUGGGCAUCCUGCUGGCCAGGUACGCGGAUCAGCUCUUGCCCCAUUCCGGGGCGGCGCAGCAUAGAGAGGUCUCUGGUGCCCAGCUGGCCAAGGAAGAGGUCCCGGUGUUUAAGAGGAGGAGGAGGUCCAGCUCCAUGAUCUCUCCCGAGAUGUCCAGCUGCAGCAACAAGUCUCAUCGGAGGACCUCCCUGCCCUGCAUACCUAGGGAGCAGCUCAUGGGGCACUCUGAAUGGGACCACAAACGAGGGUCCAGAGGAUCACAGUCUUCAGGUACCAGUAUUACAGUUGAUAUCGCUGUUAUGGGAGAAGCUCAUGGGCUCAUUACCGACCUACUGGCAGAUCCUUCGUUGCCACCUAAUGUGUGUACUUCCCUGAGAGCAGUGAGCAACCUGCUGAACACGCAGUUAACCUUCCAGGCUAUUCAUAAGCCAAGGGUUAACCCUUUGAUGUCCUUCAGUGAGAACUACACCUGCUCUGACUCAGAGGAAUGUCCAGAAAAAGGAGAAAAGCUGACUAUUCCCAAGCGCCUACGGAAGAGUCUGCCUCCAGGUCUACUCAGGCGAGUGUCAUCAACUUGGACCACAACAACAUCUGCCACAGGUUUACCUACCUUGGAGCCUGCACCAGUGAGAAGAGACCGCAGUGGCAGCAUCAAACCUCAUGAAUCUUCUUCAUCCAGCACUGACCCUUGGAACAGCUCAAUUCUGAUGGCCAUCACAAAAAGUAGGUCCUUCUCGGCCUCCUAUGCGAUGUCUGCUACAAACCAUCUGAAUUCCAAAAGGCAAAGCCGACAAGGUAUCCCGCCAAACAUUUCACCUCUCACUUCCCCAUGCCAUUCACCUAUUCAGGGAACCCCAGCCACCAGUCCCACUGGCAAAACCUCUUCUGUGCAAUUUCCAGACCCUACUGACACUGACACCAAGCAAACCUUGAAACCACACAAGGUUUUAACUUCUACUCAGAGCGCACCUGACCGUUCGGAGCAGAUUAUGGGGCCCCCUGUUAUCUGUAGCAGCUGUGGCAGACCGUAUAGCCAAAUAGGUUCUGGCACUGGUGCACUGGACAGAGGUGAUGGAACAACACAUGCCCUGACCAGAACAGAUGAUCCAGCUCAAGCCACCUCUGACUAUGAAACCAACAACAGCGACAGCAGUGAUAUUGUACAAAAUGACGACGAGACAGAUUGCUCUAAAGAACAGAUGCGGAAGGGAUCUGUCUGCAGAACAUACGCGCCUGAGACUAUCAUGUUGCACCCUUUAAUACCACCCGAGGACAAACCUAUCCUUGCCCCAGAGCCUCUUGUCAUGGACAACUUGGACUCUCUUAUGGAUCAGCUAAACAAUUGGAACUUCCCAGUCUUUGAUUUGGUGGAAAAAAUAGGAAAGAAAUGCGGUCGGAUCCUCAGCCAGGUAUCAUACAGGCUUUUUGAAGACAUGGGGCUGUUUGAAGCCUUUAAAAUUCCUGAGAGGGAGUUCAUGAAUUACUUUCAUGCCUUGGAGUGUGGAUACCGAGAGAUACCUUAUCACAACAGAAUUCAUGCGACUGAUGUUCUACAUGCUGUUUGGUACCUUACUACUCAGCCUAUCCCAGGACUCUCAACUGUGAUUAACGACCAUGGGUCAGCAAGUGAUUCAGAUUCUGAUAGUGGAAUCACUCAUGGCCAUAUGGGAUAUGUGUUUUCGAAGAUGUACACACCUGCAGAUGAGAGUUACGGCUGCCUAGCUGGCAACAUCCCUGCCCUAGAAUUGAUGGCGCUUUACGUAGCUGCAGCCAUGCAUGAUUAUGAUCAUCCAGGAAGGACCAAUGCCUUUUUGGUUGCAACCAGCGCGCCCCAGGCUGUGCUGUAUAACGAUCGCUCUGUUUUGGAGAACCAUCACGCAGCUGCUGCGUGGAAUCUUUUCAUGUCCAGGCCGGAAUAUAACUUCUUAGUCAACCUUGAUCACAUGGAAUUCAAGCAUUUCCGCUUCCUUGUAAUUGAGGCCAUUUUGGCCACUGACCUGAAGAAACACUUCGAUUUUGUAGCCAGAUUCAAUGCCAAGGUGAAUGAUGAUGUUGGAAUUGACUGGACUAAUGAAAAUGACCGCUUGCUGGUUUGCCAAAUGUGCAUCAAACUGGCUGACAUCAAUGGGCCUGCCAAAUGCAAAGACUUACAUCUGCAGUGGACAGAGGGCAUUGUUAAUGAAUUCUAUGAACAGGGUGAUGAAGAGGCGAGCCUUGGCCUUCCUAUAAGUCCUUUCAUGGAUCGCUCAGCUCCCCAGUUGGCACACCUUCAGGAAUCCUUCAUUUCUCACAUUGUGGGUCCACUAUGUAAUUCCUAUGACUCAGCGGGGCUGAUGCCAGGGAAAUGGGUGGAAGAUAGCGAUGAGUCAGGAGAUACUGAUGAGCAAGAAGAGGAAGAAACAGCAGAAAUGGAAAUGUGUGAAAAUUCCGAGUCAAGAAAGAAAAAGUUCAAGCGGAGGAAAAUCUACUGCCAGAUCACUCAGCACCUGCUUCAGAACCAUAAAAUGUGGAAGAAAGUAAUUGAAGAUGAGGAAAGGAUAGCUGGGACAGAAAAGCAAGGUCUAGAGCAAUCCACGCUGCACCAAUCCUCAGAACAAAUUCAGGCCAUCAGGGAAGAGGAGGAGGAGAAAGGGAAACCCAAAGGGGAGGAGGAGGAGGAGGAGGACACAGCUAUAGAACUGAACCAAUGACAAUAUUUUCAACAGUAUUUUAAGACAGAUUGACUUGUGCACAGACUCCUUUUCAAGCCAGCACAACAUUUAGACACAACACUGUAGAAAUAUUGGAUAAUGCGCCUACAGCAAUUUGAUUUCUCUUUCCUUUGUAUGGUGAGGUACAUUGUUUAAACUCCUACGCUCAAGAAGCUUUCGCACUGCGACACCGGCUUUUACAGACUUUCUUAAAGGGGCAAGGGGAGGGUGGAAUUGUAUACAAAGCCGAUCAUUGGCUGCGCACUUCAGCAAAAUACAUGUAAUGAUAUGUUAUGGUCACUGUGAUAUAACAGAAGGAAGUUGUCCAAGGAAAUGCUGCUCCUAAAGCACAUUUGCAGUUAACUGUAAGGUACCAGUUAAGUAGAUUUUGCUCUUAAAGCUGAGGGAUAAAAGUUCCAAAGCUUUCUCAGAAUGUUAAUACAUCCUGCUAACAUAUAUGUGGGGGAGAAGAGGGCGCAUAUGUGUGUGUAUUUGGCUGGAUGUACUAUAAUGUAAUGUAGUUUGAGUUUUUAUCAGACUAGGUUUAGCACAUGGCUUGUGAACAAACACAAGGCCCCAAUUCUAGGAAAUUUGGGUUGGCAUGGAAAGUGGAGCCCUUUGUAAGGAGCUCUGCAUUUUCAGUGGCCAAUGAAGCCUCGUUUUGCAGCCUGGUUGCACCACUGUCUUUCAGCAGAAGCCGUGCGACUCUCACUGCUGACCUGGCACCAUUUGGCAGCACCCUGUGACUGAACUCCUAACCACCUGCCACGUUGGCACUUUCCAGACUGCCAGUGAAAGGAAUGUGCAUGGAAUCCAUCGUACCCAAAGUGCGGGUUAUUAUAGGGCACACUUUGUUACUCGUCGUUAAAGAAACUGUGCCUUUGAAUGAGUUAGUGGUUUCAGGGAGCACUGUGUGUGUGAGAGAGAGAGAGACCAUGCAUGCUUGGGAAUUAAUCACACACUGUCGCUUCCUCCCUCCCCCAGCCUUACAUUUCCUUGUGUCAGUGGCCAAACACAUUGUAAAAUGAAGCUAAAUUGUCAUCUUUAAAGUGCAGCAGGAGGGGAGAUGUGAAGCCAUCCAGUUCCUUGGGCUCAAAAGGCAAUGUCUUUGUGAUGCUCCAACAGAAGGAUGUGGUGAGGGAGCAGCUGCUUGUCCAUAUUUGCUAGAUGCUUGUAUGCCUCAGCAGCCACUCACACCAGCUUCAGAGAGUGCCGUUUUUCAGCACAGGGUGCUGAAGGGGAGCAGUUUGCAGCUGGCAUUCUGCUUAGAUGCAGCAUACUCCAUCCAUACUACUUUAUGUUUGCGCUUUGGAGGGGAAAAAAAAAGAUGGGGGCUAUAGUAGAGCAGAUAAUUUUUGGUUUGUUUCUCUGUCAUUUAAGCUGUGAGCCAAACGUCUAUUUAAAAGGUUGAUAUUCACGUUCAAUAUUUUAUUUCACGAUAUUAUAUUUGUCAAUUAUUAGUUAUCUAGAUGUAAAUAUGGAGAAAUUUUUAUGGGUUCCUGUAGAUAAUGAAAUCUUUAAGAAAAAGGGGGGGAAAGGGAAAUGUUUUUGUAAAGGUAAUUUUUUUAAAAACACCAUUUUUAUACAGUGUAGCCAUUUCCAAGCCCAUCAAAUAAGGUCUUGAGUAGUUGAGUAGUUAUGGGAAGCCACUGGUCUACAGGAGCAAGACACUGACAUAUUAAUGUUUAUUGUUUUGGACUGGUAGCCUCAGCCAUUAUCUUGCUAAUUAAGGAUUUACCAGAAAUCUUUUGGUCCCCCCCAAAAAAUCUGAGUUCAUGAUCUCCCAAAAAGGUGGACCAAUGAGGUAUGCCAUUCUAAAAUCUGAGCCUGCAGACCUUAUUCAUCAACAAAGCUUGAGUGGGGCUGCUUGGAUGAAUAAGAAAUACUCACAUAAGUAAAGGUUGCAGUAACAGCCCAUCCUGUUUUAACUUAAGUCUCUGAUCUGUCCAUUGCUCACUCCCUUGUAUUUACCACCCUUCACAGUAUUUUAUUGACUCAUUAGUACUUCUUGGGAAAUAACAGAGAACAUUCUGUUUCUAAACCAGUCUGCAUAUGUGUUAUCACUUCUGUAUUUUUCUCCAAUUCAGCCUGCAGUUCGGGUCUCUUUGUUUCUUGUGGGUUCAUCUUCUCUUUAUCUUUCCUUUCCCCUUCAAAUAGUAGGAAGACACACUCCACUGUUAGUGACAGCAUGAUUAUAGAGCAUGACUUCAGGUGGGAACAUCAAUAGAAAGAGUUGAUUAAUGCUAAAAAAAUCAAAGAUCCUGAUUUCAUUUUUUUUUAAGUAAGGGAAAUCAGAUAACUAAGCAUAAUUCUUUCAAAACAAAAUGGAAUGCCUCGCAAAGUUUUCUCCAAAGCACCAGCAGGUCUCCAACAAUUCAAGCUUGCACUGUUUCGACGUCCAUUCAGUCACCUCUGUCUAUCAUUUAAUGUUUUGGCACCAAUUAUAUACCAGGUUGAAGAGCUUUCUCACAGCAUUUAACACAUCCUUUAGUAUUAUUUUAUAAAAAAUUAAACUCUCAGACACUGUAGAAUUUCACAUCCCAACUGAUGAUGAAAAUCUAUGGUUUUAAGUGCACAAUGAUCAGAGUUGGAAUUUUUUUUUUUUUUAAAACCCAUGGUUUAAAAAAAAAAAAA